AUUAGCCGAGACUGAGGAGCAGCAACAUCUCAGCUGAAUCACAGCCCACAUCACUCCCUACGCUGAAAGGCACUUGCAGCCAACAGGCCACAAAACUCAGACAGAAUGUCUUAUGGGUCCAUAGAUGGAAGCUCCUUUGGCAGUCGGAACCCAUUUGGAGGCCCUACCAGGCAGGGCUACCAGCCGGUUGCCACACAGGUCAGCCCUGCAGAACUACAGGAUGUGUUCCAGGAGACCUCCUCCAACAUCUUCCAGAUCAACGCCAACGUUGUCACCUUAGAGAAAAAUCUUCAGUCUCUGGGCACAUCUAGAGAUACAGCAGAGCUGCGACAGAGUUUACACUCCACUCAGCAGCAAACCAACAAAGUCAUCACCAGCACAAGCCAACUCAUCAAACAGCUCUCUGAUAUAAUCAGCGGCUCCUCACGGCAAGACCGUCUGCGCCUUACCAGACUAAAGACUGAGCUCGCCGAGUCGGUGCAGCGCUACGGGGAGCUUCAAAAGAAAAUUGCAGAACGCUCGAGAGCUUUGCUCCCUCCAGCUCAGAAAGACAAGAAGAAGAGUCCUCAGACCCCGUCCAGCGAGCUGAACCAGGAGGGUCCGCUGUUUGCCGAUGCAGUCAGUUCAGACGGAACUGCUCAGGCCUUCCUGUCAGAGAUUAGUGAGGAAGACGUGGAGGUGCUUCGUCAGAGAGAGGAGGCCCUGCUUCAGAUCGAGAGAGACAUGCUGGAUGUCAGUCAAAUCAUGAAGGAUCUGGCCAGCAUGGUCCAUGAGCAAGGAGAUACAAUAGAUAGCAUCGAAGAUUACAUCCAGAGUACAUCAUCCAACGUGGAGUCGGCCAACCAGGAGCUUGCAAAGGCCAACCUGUAUCAGAGGCAGUUAAGGAAAAGGAAGUGUUAUCUCCUGGUGGCUGGAGUCAUCAUCCUCUCCAUCCUCAUCGUCAUCAUUGCUGUUUCGGCCAAAAAAUGAGCCAAUCAUCGUGGUAUCUGCCGUUGCUACAGUGUCACAGCUCAGAGUGAUUCCUGACCCCAGCAGCCGUUUUCCAGCAGGAAGGAGCUGCCCAGCAACAUCUCUUCUCCAUCAUCUCUGGCUCUGUUUACACACUUAUCUGUCCAAGGAAGGAGGCCUGCAGGCCACAGCUUAACCCAAUCCUGCAGCUUCUCAUCUAUUCAUCAAUCUGCUUAUUUUUUUUUUUUUUGGCUGUUUGCUGUGAAGAGUAUGAAUAGAUGCUCCUGUAUGCAGUGAUACAUCAGAAAACCAGAUGAAGAUGGAGGAGACAGAACAGAGAUUUACUGUCCUUAUUGCUGCAUACUGGAUGCUCCCUUUCCUUUUAGGAUUUCUACCUAAAUAAAAGUGACUUUUAUCAGAUUUUAGUGUAAUUUAAUCACAUAUAUUGUAGUGUUUGUUGUUGGUAAAUACUGUAUUCCAAAAUAAAGUCAAGUUCAGUAUCUGACAGAAUAU